AUGUGUGUUGGACUUGAGCGGGUUCGGCGGGAAAAAGUGCCACUAUCAUUGAUCUUGUUCGUUUCGAGCGCAAAUGUUGAGUGGCUGGCUCCAUUCGAGAACAUGAGUUCCGAAAUUCCCCUGAAUAGAAAACCUCAGAUCGACGAAGACCAACAUUCGAAGUCGAGCGGCGGGGAAAAGCAACGAGGACAUUGGGAAAACCCAUUCGAUUUCUUUGUCUCGUGCUUGGGUUACGCUGUUGGUCUUGGCAACAUAUGGCGUUUCCCGUUCCUGUGCUAUCAACAUGGAGGUGGAAGUUUCUUGAUUCCCUAUUUCGUCUUAUUGCUUGUGGCUGGAUUACCCGUCUUCUUUUUGGAGGUGGUUUUGGGACAAUAUGCAGGCGUUGGACCGGUCAAAACAUUCGCUCUCCUCACUCCCUGUCUGAAAGGAUUGGGCUAUGGUAUGGUAUCGGUGAGUGCUUUGUUCACUUUUUUCUACAUUGUCGUGGUCAGUUGGUCGAUUUGGUACUUGUUUGCCUCCUUGGGAACUUCGCUGGAUUGGUCCACUUGCGAUCAGUAUUACAAUCUACCUACUUGUGUUCCCGUCCAUGGAAAUGCCACGACAAUCACAAACGCCACAGCAUCAGUCGAAGAAUAUUGGGAGAGAUAUGUUCUGGGAUUUGAUCAGGUGGAUUCGUGGACUCACUUUGGCUAUCCUCGAUGGCAAUCUGUUGGAACAUUGUUCUUGGCUUGGACUAUGGUGGCGUUUAGCCUCAUCAAAGGCGUCAAAUCCUCUGGCAAGGUGAUUUACUUCACUUCCUUCUUCCCUUAUGCGAUACUCAUCAUCUUGGCCAUUCGGAGCUUCACCCUGCCCGGCGCGUGGAUGGGAAUUAAGUACUAUCUAACUCCAACAUGGAGCCACUUGCUUGGUUUCGAGAUUUGGGUCGAUGCAGCCACGCAGGUCAUUUUUUCUUUGGGUCCAGCCUGCGGAUGCGUCAUUACGCUUUCAUCGUACAAUCACUUUCAACGCAAUUGUCAGCGGGACGUGAUUCUUGUGGCUCUCUCGAACAGUCUGACUUCGGUGUUUUCGGGGAUGGUGGUCUUCGCCAUCCUUGGGUUUAUGGCGCACACCGCCAAUAAGGAAAUGGGGGAGGUUGUUCAAGAUGGACCCGGGCUGGCUUUCAUCGUUUAUCCCGAGGUGGUGGCCAAAAUGACUGGGUCGAACGUGUUUGCUGCCCUCUUCUUCGCCAUGCUCAUCUCGUUGGCCCUGGGGUCCAUUUUUGGAGGGUUUGAAACCAUUAUAACUGGACUGUGCGAUGAAUUUCCCACACUUCGUCACCACAAAUCCACUUUGGUGGUGAUCAUCUCGAGCGUGAUGUUCUCUUUGGGACUUCCAUUCACUUGUCCCGGGGGGAUUCACAUGUUCAAUCUCUUCAACGAAUCUGCUCCGUCGUGGAAUUUGAUCAUUUUCGCUUUGUCGGAAGUGGUCAUUGUGGCUUUCUUUUACGGUACCGACAAGAUCUUGGACAAUAUUGAAGAAAUGGGCAUGACUUUGAACUGGUUCCAAAGAGCCUAUUGGACCAAAUGUUGGAAGUUCGCGACUCCUCUUGUUCUUGUGGUUCUGCUCUUGGCUGCAUGGAUGAACUUUGGUCACAUUCAGUACAUGAAUCACUUCUAUCCGAUGUGGGUUCAAGUCAUUGGAUACAUUAUCACCGGUUCAACCUUAUGUUGGAUCCCGAUUUUCAUGGUCCCCACUUUGAUACGAUCCUAUCACACCACUGAAUUCAGAACGCUCUUGCAACCAACCACCUCUUGGACUGGGCAAUCGUAUGACUCUUGCGUCAAAUAG